AUGUCGUUAAAGGCAAUCUCCGCCAAGGAUGCUGCCUCUCUGGACAAAGACCUCAUGGAAAUGGGCGGGUGGUCUCUAGACCAACUGAUGGAACUAGCCGGCCUGUCCGUAUCGCAAGCAGUCUGGCGCAUCCACCCCCUUUCAGCAGGAAAGAAUGUCCUAGUAGUCUGCGGACCAGGAAACAAUGGUAAAGCUCCCCCCAUCCACCUAGCUUCAGGCGGCGAUGGCCUCGUAGCCGCAAGACAUCUAGCCCAAUAUGGCUACAACCCCUCAAUCUACUACCCGAAACAAGGCAAAAACGAACUCUACACCCGCCUACGCACCCAACUAGAAAACCUCUCUAUCCCAUUCAUAACCGACGACAACUUCAAAGCCGCACUAGGAGAAACAUCCUUCCUAAUCGACGCAAUCUUCGGCUUCUCAUUCGGCGGCCCCCCUUCGCGAUCCAUUCCCAGCCAUAAUUUCACAAAUCGAAGAGUCAAAUGUCCCUGUGCUUAG